AGUUUGCACUUCGACGCCGGAGUACCUCAGCCCAUGCGCAUUGCGACGCUCCUCGUCUUGCUGCCGGCGCUCGCCGUGAACCUCGCGUCCGCGCUCGCGCCCAUCAUCGUGCGCGGCAACUACAUGUACAACUCGGAGACGGGCGACCGCUUCUUCAUGCGGGGUAUGACGUACGAGUACGACGUGAGCGAUAAGAACUAUGCGGCCAACUCCAAGGCCGCGAUCGCGCGCGCCGUCACCGACUUCAACGGGACGCUCAACACGCUCCGCAUCUACAACGUCAACCCAGAGAACAGCUACAAGGAGUUUAUGACCGACAUGGAGGCCGAGGGUAUCUACGUCAUGGUGUCGGCGUCGCCCUCGAACGUCGCGUACUUUGGCUCGUACAUGUACUCGACGAUCACGAAGAACCUCGCGGCCGAUAGCCAGCCCACGUCGUGCUACCCGUCGUACCUGCUCGACUAUGGCAAGCGCAUCGCGCUCGCCUUCUCGCAGUUCAACAACACGCUCGGCAUGGUCAUGGCCAACGAGGUCAUGCAAAUGUCGCUGCGCCCCGCCGCGUGCGUCAAGCAGUACGUUGCGGACGUCAAGAACUGGAUGCGUGCCAAGUCGACCAACAUGCGCGUGCUCCCGCUCGCGUAUGCGGCCGCCGACAGCUCGUACGCUGGUGAGAAGGACGACACGGAGAAGCCGGCGGCCGCGCCGGCCGCGGACGAGUACACAGUCAUCAAGAUCCAAGGUCUUCUCUGCGGCGACAAGAUGGUCGACGGCACCAUGCAGCAGAGUAUCGACAUUUACCUCCUCAACGAGUACCGGUGGUGCAACAGCAACAACUUUGGCAACUCGUACCAGCGCCUCCUCAACCUCGCCAAAGGUGUCCCGAUCGUCAUGGCCCUCGGCGAGUACGGCUGCGACCUUGUCAACCCGCGCACGUUUGACAUGAUCCCAUACCUCUUUGACGACGCCAAGACGUCCAACGGCUUUACGGAUGUCUACUCGGGCGGCUACGCCUACUCGUUUGGCGAGGCGUCGCUGCCCAAGGGCUCCAACUUUCCGCUCUUCACGGGCGGCGACAUGGCCAUCUCGGGCAAGCCCGGCACGACCGCGACGCCGUCGUAUGCGAACCUCCUCUCGCAGUUCAAGAAAAACCCGACCGCGGGCUUUGCCAAGGCGGCGUGGAAGACGGACGACAAGUGCGCUUGGGUCCCGCCGCUUGCGACCAGCGUCGACGUUAGCAACGCGCGCGCCGCGUCCGGCUGGAUCCAGCCGACGUGCGACAAGAUCAAGGUCAUCUCGACCGACACGUGGACGACCGUGACGCGCGAAGGCAUGGUCUGCAACGACAAGGGCGGCACGUGCGACGUGCCGGUGCCGGCCGCGGCGUCGGGCAUCCCGACGCAGAAGCUCCUUUGCAACCGCGCCGAGAACGUCACGGCGGGCGGCUUCGCGUGCGUGACCAAGGGCGACUGCAAGAACGGCGCGUGCUCGAACGGCAAGUGCGUCUGCAAGGCGUGCUUCUCGGGCCCGACCUGCGCGAUCGCAGUCGCGGGCUGCACGCCGGGCUCGGGCCCGAACGGCGUCGACGCCACGGACGGCGGUGCGACGGGCAGCGGCGCCAGCACCCUCCACGGCGCGAUCUCGGUCGCCCUCAUCUUCGCGACGGUUCUCGCCAUGUAGACAGCCAUUCCGUUGGUCGUGUAACACGAAGUUGAACACUCUUUUUGAU